UGUAUCAAUUCUCGCUUAGGAUUUGGUGUUAAUUUUUGAAGUUAUCAAGGAAAGGCCUUCUGAGUUAUUUUAAUACGCUAUUUGGAUUCUGGAAUGUGCUGGGCCUAUUUGUGAUUUGUCAGCCAUCAUUUCUUACGUCUUAGAAUUACGUGCACCACUCAAAUAUAAAAGGCUUAAUUGCUAAAUGAUAAAAGUUUUUAAUAUUUCCAUCGCAAAAUUUUUCAUAAAUCUAUGCAGGUAUUCCUUUUAGCAUGAGAUAUUUAAAAGGCAUUGCAAGUAUUUGCAACCAUAUGAUAGUAUUUCAAAUUCUUGUUGGCAACUGAAGUGUCUAGAUUUGAGUUUUAGAUUCAUUUCAGGGGUUGUUUAACUUGCUUUAAAAUUCAUUAAAUGGAGAAAUGUAAGUUUAUGAAGGAUGAAGUGUUGCCAAGGGAUAAGCGAGGGUAUUUUUGAUAUUCAGGGCAUUGUUUUUUAAAAAAGGUAUUAUAAAAAGCGAGGACUUUUUAGGCAAUUGCCCAUAUUAUUUCAUAAUUUUACAAAUCAAGGUGGGAGAGCGACUCUAGGCGCAUCCCUUCGUGCUUCUCUCGCCGCCGAUCUCCACUCGCAUCGAUCCUUUACUUUGUUCGCUGCUCUUCCUUCCCGCUGGUUCCAGUGAUCUGAAGCCUGAAUUCCACCGAUCUUUUUAUCCCUCCGGUUUUCCGCUUUCGGUAGAUGGCGGCUGAUUCGCCCACGGCUGACCGGAAAGUGGUUGUUCACCUGAGGGCCACUGGCGACGCUCCUAUUCUUAAACAAGCCAAGUUCAAGAUUUCCGGAAGUGACAAAUUCUCAAAGGUCAUUGAAUUUUUGCGGCGCCAACUUCACCGUGACACUUUGUUUGUAUAUAUCAACAGUUCGUUCUCACCAAACCCAGAUGAAUUGGUGAUUGAUCUCUAUAAUAACUUUGGAUUCGACGGUAAACUAGUCGUUAACUACGCUUCUUCCAUGGCAUGGGGAUGAGCAAGUUCUACGGCCAUGCACAAGUUAAAGAAAGGCGCUUCUCCCUGUAAAUGCUGGUUAUUAGUAUUGCCUCAAAUGUAUCAUCAGAAGAUAACAAAUGAUGAUAUGUUUGCCGUUCUCUUUAAAAAAAAAAACUUAGGAUCCCUGUGGCCUUUCUUCAUGUCAGAAUUACUUUUUUUUUUGACCCUUCAUUUUUUACUUUUGAUUUUUUCCCACAUGAGCCCAAAUUUAUAUCGUUUGGUAUGUAGAUAUUGUGGUUAUAAUUGGGCCAAGAAAAUUUCAUAAUU